AUGAGCUUUUUGAAAAGGAUACUUUCCAAAAUUUACCAACAAGCCAGUAAGAUAUAUUCAGAGUACCCCGAUGAAGGCUUCUCACGCAACUCUAUAAAGGUCCUAUUCGCAUUUACUAUGCUCCCUAUAAUCUACUCACUAAAAGGCACAGACAAAAACACAAAAUACGUCCUCUCAUUAUCAAGAAGCUGCUCUCGAAUCUACGGCGCGGCUUUCAGAAUCCCAAUCCCUCAGAAUUGGCGUGCGUCCAUUUAUGGAGGAUUUUCCUCAAUUUUUGGAGUCAAUUUAUCUGAAAUUAAAAAGCCUAUUACUGAAUUUGAGACACUGAAUGAAUUUUUCGUAAGGGAAAUAAAAGAAGACGCCAGGGUCAUUGGCAAAGGAGAUUUGGUGUCCCCUUGUGACGGAAGAGUUAUGAGCAUGGGAAUUGUGGAAAAUAAUAAAAUUGACAGCGUUAAAGGGAGAGAUUACUUAAUGACAAGGCUGCUUAUAGGGACUGAUGGGGUUAAUUUUGAUUGGUAUGUGGACAGUGUUAAGAAAAAUAAAGAAAAUCAGCUUUAUUAUGUCAACCUCUAUUUGGCUCCUGGCGAUUAUCAUAGAUUCCAUUCACCUACAGAGUGAAGAGUCUCUUUUAGAAGGCAUAUUUAUGGGUAUUUACUUGGUGUCUUUCCUUUGAACAUAUGGAGGAAAGGUGAUGUGUUUACAAUUAAUGAAAGAGUAGCUUAUUUUGGGGAAUGAAAGCAUGGGCUUUUCAAUUAUGUCGCUGUCGGAGCUUUUAAUGUGGGAUCAAUUGAGGUGAAUUUUGAUAUAAAUAAAAUGGCAUUCGGUACAAGAGAAAUUAGCUCUGCUAAUUUUCUCUCCCUCAAGCAAUUUUAUUUAUGGGGUUAGGUUUUCUUCUGAGAACUUCUCUACAACAAUAGCAGUUUAACUCUGGCAGAUAAACCGAGGCACUGAUCCAAGUACAUCAAGAGGCUCGAAGUUUUACCUCUUAGCACACACGAGGAAGGUGGCCCUUAGGCAAAACACACGCAGGAGCUGAUUAAAGGAAGGAAAGGCAGUGCAGCCCGUCGAAGCCGGAACGUUGCAUUUGUCCCUUUUUCUGGUGCAAGAAAAUAGAUCGAUCCAGAGGUCUAUGGGGCUUGGCAUGUGAACAAAUAUGGUGGCAGCUCUGGAAACGGCUACCCCAUAGUGGACGUUACACGUUAUAAACUUAAUAAGAUGAGAUAAGAGGUGAAUUUUGAUAAAGAGCUAAAAACAAAUUUGAAAAAAUUUGAAAAUCUUGAAAAAACUAAUGAUGAAAUCAAUAUUGAAGGAGAAUUCAAAAAAGGAGAAGAGUUUGGAAGGUUUAAUACAGGAUCGACCAUUAUUAUGAUUUUUGAAGCUCCUAAAGGGUUAGAGUGGACAAUACAAAGAGGAGACAGAGUUUUAUUAGGGCAGAAUCUACUAAAAUAA